AUGACGAUGUUAUCUUCUAGUCUUCUUAUAAUAGCCACCGUAAUAAUUUUUAUUGCCGAUUAUGGAAAAUCUUAUCCUCAUAUAAUUAAAAUCGACGACAGAAGAAGUAGUUUAUUAGAUGAACGUUGCAGACAAUGUAAUUUCAAUGAAGACUGUUUCGACGAACCGGCGGGUGGUUGCGUUAAUGGCGUGUACAAAGACAAAUGCGGUUACAUAAAUUGUUUUAAAGGCCCCGGAGAACAUUGCGAUAAAACGGGUAAAAAUAAAUGUGCGCCAAAUCUUUUAUGUAAAUGCAACGUUUGUAAAGGUUGUCAAAAAAAUCGUUUAAAAGUUUAUCAAUGUUUUUACGGUGAUGAUAAAAUGUGUUUAGGAGAUUUGGCAAGCGAUGAAAAAUUUUAA